AUGGACUCCGCCGGAGAACGGGUCGCCAAGGUUCCACGGAUCCGCAAAGUUAACAGCACGCAUUCGCGCUUCCUCGCCGAGGCUGCCCAGCGCAAGGCGCUCAUGGUCACCUUCUACGCCAACGGAGAUCCCUUCUCCUCGGGCACCAGAGUGUCUAUCAAUCCCGGGCGCGACUUCAAGACAAUGGAGUCACUGUACGACUACAUAUCGCAGAGACUGGACGUCAGCAAUGGAGUUCGCGUCAUCUUCACCCUCGAUGGCAAGAAGGUUCCUUCGCUGGAAGAGUUCGAGGACGGUGCUUCGUAUGUGGCCUCGGGAACACGAUCGUUCGCUCCGCUGGCGUACGGCCAGGCGCGCAACCGCGUCUUGCAGCGCGCGGACGAGGAACCGACCAGGCUGAUACAGCCGGUGGGCCAGAAGAAACUCGCCAAAGCUGGCUCGGUCAGCCUGCCUGGCUCGGGUGGCAGAGACGAUGGCCGCGUCAUUGAUGUCGUCAGCAGCCUGGACUCGGAACACACGAGUCGCGUGCUGCUGAACCUCAAGACUACGCAAACUUUCGAGGAAGUCCUCAGGGACCUCGGAGGUGCCCUGAACAUGAACGGCGUCAAGAAAAUGACUACGGACAAAGGGGAGGUGGUGCGGAGCUUCUCCCAGCUCAAGUACGACCUGCGGGAGGUGAACACGUUCGUUCUCGAACCGGACGACGACGAGCCUCUGGUAAGGCGCAGAUCUUUCCACGGAGUCCAGGACCUCGAGGACGGGAGGGAGACGGACAACGCCAGUGCCAAAGUUCUGUCGCGCUCGGAGAGCGCUCCCAGCUUAGAAGGGGACUCGCCAUUGGAGGAUGAAGAUGGUCAGCCAGAAGACGCAAGUUCAGAGAAAGGUUCACUUCCGGAGCAGGAAGAAGGGCGCGCGGACACGCCGUUCCCAGAGCUUCUCGCGGAAGCGAACGGCGAGUGGGCGGCGGCGAGCGCCGAGGAUUCGGCGAUGGUGGCCGACGACACGGCGACGGCGGCGAGCGAGCCCCGGGGAAAGCCCAGUCCCGUGCACAUGGAGCAGGCGGAGCUGGGCUCGCAGGCAGCCAGCGGUGGCGGCAGCACGUCCACCAACUGGUCGUCGCCCAUGUCGACCGAGACCUCGUCCACGUCCAGCCACAAGACGCCAACGCGGAGGUUGGAGAGGAGGCCUGAAAUAUGCUGGAUUCAUGGCUACCAAGGCAACGGCUCAUUUAACAACCUCCACGUGAUCCGCUCAGGAGAGAUACUGUACAAUGUGGCGGCUCUGGCUGUCCUCUUCAACCGGUCCAAGCACCAGCAGCGCUUCUACAUGGGACACUCUAUGGACAUCGACUGCAUUGCGUACAACUACAACGAAGACGUCGCGGCUACGGGACAGGGCGCUGGCUUCAAUCACGCACCUCCAGCCCACAUUCGCAUUUGGAAGACCGACACGCUUGAAACACUAGCGGUUCUUGGGGCGGGAAUCAUAAAUGUAGGCCUGUCUUGCCUUGCAUUCUCAUAUCAGGGGCCUUUUUUAGUUGCUGUAGACUCCAGCCACGACCACGAGCUCUCCCUGUGGGACUGGCAGAAAAACGAGAUCCUUGGCAGAGCUGUUGCAAACCCAGCUCCAGUUCUGGGCUGCCACUUCCCGCCGUCCGAGAAUGAGCUGUUCCUGACGUUCGGCGUGCAGCACCUGUGUUUCUGGAGGAAGGGGAAAGAAAACUACCUCGACCGUCUCGACGCCAUCACCGCUGAACACGCGCCGAAGACAAUCACGGCUGUCGACUUCAUGGGCACUGCAGGCUUCGUGACAGGCGACGACGCGGGCUACAUCACCGUCUGGUCGGCUUCGAAGGAAGGCAGCUACUUCUUCAUCAGCAAGGAAUUCAGGGCACACGAGAACGACGUGAACGUCCUCCUGUUUCUGCCACACAAUCUGCUAGUAUCAGCGUCGGCUGUAGACAGAGAAGAUCAGAUCAAGGCGUGGGAUGCCGACAAGAAAUUUCAAGAGCUUGGCGUGACAUCGCUGCCGAAGGGGACGGGCGGCGUGCAUGCCAUGUGCCAACACCUGCCCAACGCUGCCGACGAGAACGUGUUUGUGGGCACAACGCACAACCUCAUCAUGGAGGGCUCUUUCAAGAGAAAGUUCCGGCCCGUCAUUCAGAGCCACUGUCGGGAAACGGUGAGCGUUGUGGCUUCUCCGACUGAAAACAUCUUCUUCACCGUCGGCCGAGACAGGGCGGUCUGCCGUUGGAACAUCUCUAGCCUUGUCUGGAUGACUCCGGUCGAGUCAGAGUGCCUGUCUGCAUCCAUGCACCCUCGGGGUUCUGCACUCGCUGUGGGCUGCGCCAACGGCCGGGUGUCCGUGCUAGCCGCCGACACCGGGGCGGUGCUGACGACGUUCAGCGUCACCAACAGCGCACUCAACGCGCUCGCCUACUCACCCGAUGGCAUGAUGAUGGCAGUCGGGGCGAACGACGGUUUCAUCCACAUACUUCUCGUUCAAGACCAAGGACAGAAGAAUCAGAAGAGCGAAGUGAUCCGGGGCCGAGACUCCCUCGUGAACAUCGACUGGUCAGCCGAUAGUCGCUUACUGCAAGUCAUCACGACUGAUGGCCAGUACCAAGAGCUUCUUUGCUGGGAUGUAAAUAGCCUGAAGGCCAAGUCACCCACCGUUACAAAGGUCGAUUGGUACCAUCUCACCUGCACUCUCAAUCCAGAUAUCGUUGGGAUUUGGGACAAUGAACACUUGACGGAUGUCGUGAACCUGACGUGUCAUCGUUCCCACAACAAGGCCGUCGUGGCAGCUGGUGACCGCGCCGGCUUCCUGAGAAUAUUCAGGUUUCCAUGCACCGACACAAAGGCGGGGUUCACGGAGCAGAAGGUCAGCUCGUCUCCCGUGACGUGCGUUCGGUUCCUGCACAGCGACAAGUACCUGGUCACUCUGCUGGCCCAGGCUGGCUACUUCGUCGUCUGGAAAAUGGCCUCAAACCGUGUCCGCCCUGAGACGGAUCGCGUCACGUGA